UCUGGGCAUUGGCCAGCGGGCCCCGUCCGCAGACCAUGGGCUGCCAUUCGUCGAAGCAAAAUUCAUCGACGCUGGUCGCGCCGCCCUUCGGAGUGAUCCGAUUGGAUGCUUGGCAGCGAGAGCAGCUGAAAGAAAUGGAACGGGCCGCGCCCAAUCUCGUGGCCUACCACAAGCAGACCAUGCAGGUCACUGGCGAGCUGAUGGGCGCUGGGUGCGCCGCACCAUUCCUGCUGGCCCGCUUGCUGGAAGCGCACAACCCGAAGCUGCGAGCUCUGGCGCGGGCCUCGUUCGAGGUGCACGACACCAGCAGGACCGGCACGCUCAGCCGGGAGGAGAGCCAGACCUUCUUCGACGACUACGUGAGAAUCGCAGUCUUCAUCAACAUGGCCGUCACGCACCACAUGCUGGCAACGGACGGGGGCCCGGCCCUCGAGGCGUUGAAGCCCAUGAUGCGUCAGCAGCUCCAGCUGCUGCACCAGAGAACCGCCCCGGGCCAUCGGCCAGAGGGCUUCGACGGAAAGAGGCGGGACGAGGCCGCCUUCGGGGUUCUCGACAAGAAUGGGAACGGGCAGCUGGUGGAGGAGGAGGUCGUGGAGGCGCUGACACUGGGGACCCCGCAGCAAAACCAGCUGAUGUUGGCGCUCGGUAUCAAGGACGCCGCGCUGCUCAAGAAGACGAUAGAAGAAUUGCACGAGCAGAUAGUCGCACAGGACAUUGAACUGGAGCAGUUAGAAAAUGUGAAAAGGGAACUGCCACCUAUCCCGCGGUCGCCCGGCGGCACCAUGACGCUCGCCGACGGGACCGUGAUCCACUCGUCGGUGGCGUCAGGCGUGUGAGCGCGCGAGUGCGCGAGCAGGAAGUGGGGUCAACGACGCUUUUACAACCGAAUGACUGGUUCGUCAGUCAUGCCACUUCAUCGACUUUGCCGGCGAUCUGCGGCACAAUCCGACAAACUUCCUCGAGCACUAGUUAAAUAAUCCAUUCCUAGUUACGACC